AUGAAUUUUGUACUUUGGGACAUAUUGGAGUUUUAUAUGAAGAAUGUGAUUACCAUAAUAGAAAAAGGGACGGAAAUUUUUUAGGAAUCCUAAUGUUAUAAUUGUUCCACUAAUAUUAUCACACCGUUUAUUUUUUCUUUUCUUUGGUAUGAAUUUAUAAGUAUUAAAGGGCCAUUAUUUCUAUAUUAAUCACAUUAAAAAGCAUAGAAAAAUCUAAUUUGUUAUUUUCCAAAAUUCGAUUUAAAUUAAGAUAUAGAAAAAUCUUAUUUAUUUGGAAAUAGGUAAUAAUUUUUCUUAUAUGUUAGAUAUUGGAGGGUAUUUUUAUUAAAAUUUUGUUCAUUUACUUAAGAUAGUACUAUUUACUUUUUAAUAUCAAAUUUUCUAUUUCAUUUUCAUUCAUUGAUCCAACUAGUAACAACUCUUAAUUAAUGGCAUCAAGCCUUGAUUGCUAUUUAUCUAUGUUAGAAUUAUUGCUACUAUUUUAUUGA